AUGUUUAAUAAUCAAAGUCGUUUAGAGGAUGCUACACAAAGUUGUAGGAAUUCAUGCUACAAUAUGUCUUAUCCAAUAGAUCAGUCCAUUUAUAAUGCCAAUUAUAAUAUGAAUGUAUAUCAAAAUAUUGUUUAUUCAGUUGCUAUAUCUGAUAAUGAGAAUGCUACAUCAGUAAUUAACUUAGGAAGACGACAAGCUGACGAAAGGGAUAUUGAAAAUUUUCUUCUAGAAACUGAUCAAUCUAAUAAUAUAAAUGACCAGAGAAAUACCUACAAAAAAUCUAAGAUUGCAAUAACUAAAAAUGCUAUAACAUCAGCAUACAAAUUAAAUGAGAAAUUAAAAGUAAUUUGUGCAGAGCUUAAAAAUAGCCAGCAUUUAACAGAAGAAGAAUGGCAACAGAAGAUAAGUAUCUGUAAUGCAGCAAAAGAAGAAAUUGUUAAAUUAUUAGAGCCUGUUAGGGAUCAGAAUUUUUGUAAUCAAUUAAAAAAAGACUUAGAAAGACGAAAGAAAAAAAGGUUGAGAGAAAAGAUGAAAAAGGAAAAAUGGAAAAAUGAGAAAUUAAUGAGAAUGGAAAGGAGAGCAAAAAUGCAUGCACAAAUUGACUCGUGGAUUAGGAAGGAACAAGCUGUAAUAGAGAAAGAAAAGCAAGAAGAAAAUUUACGUAAAGAUGCUGAUAUGAUUUUAUUUGAUGUUAGAGGGAAAAGAACUGAUGCUAGGAAAUAUCUUGGAUUGUUACAAGAAUUGCGAAAUUUGCGAAAUGUUAAGGCCAAUAUUGCCAGAGCUAGAGGGGAACAUUUAUCUUCAGCAGCAGAUAAAGCAUUUAAUAAUAUUAUUGCCAAACUAACAGAGCAAUGGUCGAUGCUUGAUCGUGAGUAUUCCAUAGAGGAACAGGGUUUAAGAUUAAUGUUGAAAAAUGAUAAUGAAGAAAGAAUUGAAAAACAAAAAAGGAGUCUGUUUGAUGAGUGGGAAAAAGUAUUAUUUGGAAGAAAAAUAACAUCUGAUCAAUAUAAUAUAGAUUUAACCAAACUAAUUAUUAUAAGAACUGCUUGGGAUAAGUAUAUAAGUACAGACAGCAAUGCAUCAGCAAUACCAAUUGGGUGGAUAAUGCCUGAUGAGCCAUCCUCUGCUGCCUGGCAAAAAUGCUUAAAAAAAGAAGUUUCAUGAAAUAAACUCAUAGUAUGCAAUUGUAGAUUCUAGAUUGUGGAAAUAAGUAAAAUUUGAUAUUGUCUUAAUAAUUUAUAUUAUACAAAUAUAAACAAUACACAUUAUACGCAUUUAAAUAUGAUAUGAUUUAAGAAAAAUAAACGCUUCUCUGGUCUACUGAA